AUGGAUCUCCAAAUCCUCUACUUUGCAUUCAUUUUCUCCAUUUUCAUCUUUAUGGCACACAAAAUAGUGACCAAGAAAUCAGAUUCAACUCCAAAUUUACCACCAGGACCAUGGAAACUACCUGUGAUAGGGAACAUACACAACCUUGCUGGCUCAUCACUUCCUCAUCAUAGGCUAAGAGACUUAGCAGCAAAAUAUGGACCCUUGAUGUAUCUCAAGCUUGGAGAGGUUCCUACCAUUGUGGUUUCAUCCUCAAAGUAUGCUAGAGAGGUGUUGAAAACUCAUGAUCUAACAUUUGCAUCAAGGCCUAUUGUGCUAGCUCCCAAGAUAAUGGGUUAUGAUUCUCUUGAUAUAGCAUUUGCACCAUAUGGUGAUUAUUGGAGACAACUAAAGAAGAUAUUUGCAUUGGAGCUAUUAUGUUCAAAACGUGUCCAAUCUUUUCAACCUAUUAGAGAGGAAGUGUUUUCUAAUUUCAUCAAAAGGGUUGCUUCAGAGGAAGGAUCACCCAUCAAUCUCACAGAAGAAGUGAUGUCAGCAUUGUUUACAACCACUUCAAGAACUGCAGUUGGUAAGAAGUGUAGGCACCAUGAAAAACUAAUAGAAGUGGUAAAGGAUGCAACAGAAGUUGCUGGAGGUUUUGACUUGGCAGAUUUGUACCCUUCUGCAAAAUGGCUUCAACACAUCUCAGGGACAAAGUCUAGGCUUGAGAAGUUGCACCAAAAAGCUGACAACAUACUUCAAAUGAUAAUCAGUGAGCAUAGAGAGUUUAAAUCAAGAGCCAAAGAAGAGCAAGGUGAAGAAGUGGGGGAAGCUCUUUUAGAUGUGCUCUUGAAAGGAGAGUUUUGCUUAAGUGAUGAUAGUAUCAAGGCUCAGAUCUGGGAUAUUUUUGGCGGUGGAAGUGAUACAUCAUCAGUUACCAUAACAUGGGCAAUGGCAGAAAUGAUUAGAAAUCCAAGUAUAAUGAAAAGGGUACAAGCUGAGGUGAGAGAGGUAUUUAAAAAAGAAGGAAAGCCUAAUGAAAGUGGCCUUGAAAAUCUAAAAUAUUUGAAAUGUGUUGUCAAAGAGACAUUGAGAUUACACCCUCCUGGCCCUCUUUUGCUUCCAAGAGAGUGUGGACAAGCUUGUGAGAUAAAGGGGUAUCAUAUACCUAUGAAAAGCAAGGUCAUGGUCAAUGUUUGGGCAAUUGCAAGAGACCCAGAACAUUGGAAUGAGCCUGAAAGGUUUUAUCCUGAGAGGUUCAUGGAAAGUUCUAUUGACUACAGAGGCAACAAUUUUGAGUUCCUCCCAUUUGGUUCUGGAAGGAGAAUGUGCCCAGGCCUCACCUUUGGCGUCCUCAAUGUUGAGUAUGCACUUGCUUUGUUGACUUAUCAUUUUGAUUGGAAACUUCCCAAUGGAAUGAAAAGUGAAGAUUUGGACAUGAGUGAGGUUUUUGGAAUCACAGUUAGGCAAAAAGAUGAUUUGGUCUUGAUUCCUAAAACUUUUCAUCCUUAGCCUAUUCCUCUACCUCGAUCCUAGUGUUAUGUUUGGAACCAUAUAUGUUGCAACACAGAGAACAUGUUUACUGGAACGCUACAAGAUGUAACUUACGCAUGCAUUAGUACUUAAAUUCCAGGGUUUCGUGCAUAAUUUAUAUCUAUUAUCUACUCUUGAUCAUCUCAUGUUAAUUACUUGUUUGAAAAUAAAUGAAGAAUGUCCAU